AUGGAUUGUGGUUGGUUUUUACCGGAAAUAGAUGAUAAUAAUAAUAAUAAUGGAUCGUUUGAAAAAUUUGGUAAUUAUUGCACGAUAUCGUCGUUGGGAAACAUAACUUUUUACGAUGAAGAGGGUGGUGGUGGACUGUAUAAAGUACCGACUGGAAUAAUUGUUUUAUUAUCGAUAUUUUACGGAUCGAUAUCCGUUACGGCUGUUGUUGGAAAUUCAUUAGUCAUAUGGAUAAUUUUGACGAGUAAACAAAUGCAUACGGUAACCCAUUAUUUCAUAGCAAAUUUAGCAUUGGCGGAUAUAGUCAUCGCUUUGUUUUCCAUACCGUUUCAGAUUUUCCUUUAUUUAUUAACCGACCUCAGGAAAAUUUAA